UUCCCCACUCGUUGACUGACCCUGGUUUGUCUGCGGCAGCUGAACAUGGCGUCUGUAGGAAAGUCUGCGACCUCGCUGUUGUUUUUCACUCAGAGGUUUUUAUCGCCGCGGUUAAACGCUGUGUGUUCUUAUCAUAAAAAGGUGUUGGACCAUUAUGAAAACCCAAGAAAUGUGGGUUCUCUAGACAAAGGCUCCAAGAAUGUGGGGACUGGGUUGGUGGGUGCUCCAGCCUGUGGAGAUGUUAUGAAACUCCAGAUCCAGGUGGAUGAAAAUGGAAAGAUUGUGGAUGCAAAAUUCAAAACAUUUGGCUGUGGAUCAGCUAUUGCCUCCAGUUCUCUAGCAACAGAGUGGGUGAAGGGCAAGUCGGUCGAUGAAGCUCUAGGGAUAAAGAACACAGAUAUUGCCAAAGAACUUGCCCUUCCUCCAGUUAAACUUCACUGCUCAAUGCUUGCUGAAGACGCCAUAAAAGCAGCGUUGUCUGACUACAAACUCAAACAGGACAAGAAGACCCAUGUCAAAACCAGCAGUUAAUGUGCUCUUAAGUCAGGUCACAACUGUCCCUUGAACUGUCCCUGUUCUUUUUAUGGAUGACAAGUUGCCAUAAUUCUGCAUCAGGUCCUGCACUUUUCUGGGACAUCUGGGAGUUUUACUGCCUCAAAAUUCUCCACAGCUGUUUAUUUAGUCUCUUUAAUUAAAGAUUCAGGCAUAAGAAGAGUCUGUAGAUGUAGAUUAAUACGAUUUUGGUGAAAUGUGAUGAUAAUAUCAGUGAAUACCACUUCCUCACCCACUUAGGAGCUUUUAUUUUGUUUUGUUUUUUAUAAACAAGAAUAAAUGCAAUUUAUUAUAGAUAAAGACUUCAGGUCAGGUUUUACUUAGUUUUUUUUUUGGCAUUAAGUCUUUAUUUUUGGCUUGACUGAGUGAAAACAUUGCUCCAUUUCACAGUUAGAUUGAACAGUUGAACAAGUGUAUGUACAAAGCCAUGCCAUAGAAUAUUAUAUGCAAAUGUUAAUGUGAAUUAAAUCAUUAAAACCUC